CCGGGGAGCGGUGACCGCGGGGUGGGGUGUUCUGUCACCCUGCCGGCCAGCGGCGCUCCGCCACCUUUUGUCUCCUUUUGUCCCGUUUAUUUUUCCACGGGCGGGCGCUGUCAGGAGCCCCCAUCCUGCUGGCCCUUUGGAAGGCGCUCCGCUGUUUCGGGGGUGGCACCGCAGGAGGAAAAAGCCGCUCACCGGCGACUCUCUUCCUGAAAUAUAGAGAAGAAGGUAUGCUUCAGCCACUGCAGCGAAGGAGCAAUACCGAGUUUGAAAGCAGUAAACAAAGGCAGAGUGAAGAAUUUGCCACGUCGUGACUGAAGGUAGAAGGAAAAAAAAAACCAAACCUGCAGGGAGAUCAGCCCAGAAGCAGAUAUUCCACAUUUGUGGGAUCCAAAGGCUUUGGGGGAUUUUUAUUCCCUUUCCAGAAGAACAAAUAACGCUGUCACACGUACAUAAUUGUGUCACCUGAGAUCUGGGUACCAGCUGGAGUGUAGAUGGCUCAGCUUCCUCCUGGGAUUCGUUUCAUCACUUCAUUCUCAAGAGAUCAGUGGUAUAGAGCUUUCAUUUUCUCUCUCACUUUCCUGCUGUAUGCCAGCUUCCAUCUCUCAAGGAAACCUAUCAGUAUAGUGAAGGGAGAGCUGCAUAAGCAUUGUGCGAGUCAAGCUGAAGAACAUGCUGCCCAGAUCCAGCCUGUCAAAAAGCCAUUUAAUGCCUCUCAAUGUGGAUGGGAGCCUUUUGAUAAGAGCAACUACAAACAGCUACUGGGAGCGCUGGAUUACUCAUUUUUGUGUGCAUAUGCAGUUGGAAUGUAUUUAAGUGGACUCAUCGGAGAGCGGCUGCCCAUCCGCUACUAUCUGGCAGGGGGGAUGCUCGCCAGUGGACUCUUCACUGCCAUGUUUGGAUUGGGUUAUUUCUAUAAUGUGCAUAAUCUCUGGUUUUACAUAAUGGCCCAGAUAGCUAAUGGGUUGGUGCAAACCACUGGCUGGCCGAGUGUCGUUACAUGUAUUGGCAACUGGUUUGGAAAAGGAAGGAGGGGUUUGAUCAUGGGAGUCUGGAAUUCGCACACUUCCGUGGGGAAUAUUUUGGGAUCCUUGAUUGCUGCUUACUGGGUGUCCACGUGCUGGGGUCUCUCCUUUGUGGUGCCCGGGCUCAUCGUGGCUGUCAUGGGCGUUGUUUGUUUCCUGUUCCUUAUUGAACAUCCUAAAGAUGUCAGUUGCUCCUGCACACCAUCCAGUAGUUCUAAAACCUUCCUGAACGGCGCCUCUCGGUGCAGAAUGCAGAUGCCGACCUUAAAUGCUAAGGAAAAUGGCAAACCUCAGGAUCCAGAGAUGCAGCAUUUACUCACUGACAGUGAGAACUGCAGCGUGUCACUGAGCUCCAGCUCUGUGGCCCCUGGGGAAGGAAGGCAUGGGACAUCAGCCAUCAGCUUCCUAGGUGCCCUGAGGAUACCUGGAGUCGUGGAGUUCUCCCUUUGUCUCCUGUUUGCAAAGCUGGUGAGCUACACUUUCCUCUUCUGGCUUCCCCUCUACAUCACAAAUGUAGAGCAUCUUGAUGCCAAAAGAGCUGGAGACCUUUCUACACUCUUUGAUGUGGGUGGAAUCUUUGGUGGGAUUUUGGCAGGUCUCAUUUCAGACAGGCUGGAGAAGAGGGCAUCCACCUGCGGAAUGAUGUUGCUGCUUGCAGCACCCACACUGUACAUGUUCUCUGCAGUCAGUAAAAUGGGCCUUGAGGCUACUGUAGUGAUGCUGCUUAUCAGCGGUGCCCUGGUGAAUGGCCCUUAUGCCCUGAUCACCACUGCUGUCUCUGCUGACUUGGGUACCCAUAAAAGCCUGAAAGGGAAUGCCAGAGCCUUGUCCACCGUGACGGCGAUCAUCGACGGGACGGGGUCUGUGGGUGCAGCUUUGGGGCCUCUACUGGCUGGCCUUAUUUCCCCUUCUGGUUGGAACAACGUGUUUUACAUGCUCAUGGUGGCAGAUGCAUGUGCCUUGCUACUCUUACUCCGUCUUAUCCAGAAAGAACUUCAGUGUCAUGCAGAUCACACCCUGUUCAAAGAGCACUGAGCUACGAGAGCAGAGCUGGGAUAAGGAAUGUGCCAGUGGAUGGGGCUCUUCCCUGAAAACCAAACUCCUUGGGACACCUUAUUCUGUAUUUGAAGAGUCUCUGCAUGGUGAAGAGCCUUGCAGGUGUGCUGGGAGCAGUGUGAGAGAUGCAGCUGGUGAAUCCCUGAAGCUCUGGUUUUUGCACAUGAAUAAGUACCUCAGGAUGGCAACCGUUCAUCAGAUUUAGAGGUGGGGACUUGGGGAAGGUUUCAGCAGCGGGCCUCGACUGAGCCAAAGAGAAAUACCAAGUGCCUUUUUUAUUUCUUUUGAUAGGAUGUUUGUAAUUGAAACAAUGAACUGUGUAUUUGCCAAAAAUCAAGGCAAAGUUAGAGGAAGUUGAGAUUUUUAACAGUCUGUGAGUGACUGUCGCAGUGUCAGUGAGCAAAGUACGUGUCUCUGAUGUCAUCUUGUGUACACUGAGAGCAUCACUUCAUAGAGGACAGUAUCAGCUGGUUAUUAAGAUGUGCUGCUAUUAGUAUGUGAAGCUGCUCAGACAAUAAUCACCCCGCUGUAUUAUUAGUUUUUAGCUACAGUACUACUUCCCAAGGACAGCAUCCAGCCUUUUGGUUGGUUAUAAAACAGAAUUUACUCUUGGCUGUGUACUGCAGUUUGCAGUUUUCACAGAUCCUCUGGAUGGAUGUUAGUCCUCUAUUAGGAUUAUGCAAAAAAAAACCCCCAAAAAACCAAGAGUCCUAAGCAACAAAAAGCAGUUUAUGAGUCAGAAUUUCCAGUGAGGGCUCUAAUGAUUUUUCAGGGCAUUAUAAACUGGAGUUGUGCUGCUCUGCUAGGCUGGGCUGACAGGAGAGGGGUUUCUUUGGGGUGGCAGAGAGCUGUGAACUGCCCUGUGCCUCAGCACCUCGGGGCUGGGCAGGUGGAGCUGCUUUGGUGCCCACUGGCACAGGGGUCUCCGUUGGGUUUCAGUGCUGCUGUGUGCACGUGGAAAUCAUCAUCAGAUCCGGGCCUUAAUAGCCAGAAAUCUCUCUCAAGUGGCUCUGGGUUUCAGAUUUGGAGCCAAAAUACCAGGGAAGAAAAAUUACCUGCGUGGGUGGUAGUUUGUAAGAGAACAUUUGAGUACCUAGUGCUACCCAGUAAAUAGAGGGUUUGAUGUCUUCAGUACAUAUCAUUUCUUUGUACAGCUGUCUGCUUUGCAAACAGAAUGUUUCAGUGAUUAUUUUUUUUUAAUGUUUUUUUGGGUAUGAAAUCUUCCUGUGAAAAGAAAUCUUUUUUUUUUUUUUUUUUUUUGUAUGGGAUGUUUAUACUUGGAUCACAAAGAUUAGGUAAUUUAAACUGUGUGUUAUCCUUAACUGUAUUUAUUAAAGCUCUAGGCCUUUGUUUUGCUCUGUGCUCUUAAGUUUUGUGAGACAGUGCAAGAGUCUUUCCACUUGAUCAGCAAAAAGCCCUGCAAAAAAUUCAGGAAUGUCCCAUCAGCUGCUGGUAACACUUAAUUUCCAGGGCUGUUUUGUACCUGCUCGGUCUUUGAGUUGCUACCCUGGUUUGAUCCAGCACUUUUGGAGCACAGGUGCUUCAUGCUUGACCUGAGCAGUGUCAGAAAUGGGCUCAUUUUUAACUGUUUUGCUGAGCAGAGGUGCAGGGAUGACCUCAGACCCACAGGGACUUAGGGAAGGUGCCAAGUCCUUGCAGGGAGCUCUUGGAGGAUCCUGACCUUGUGCAUUUUGGGUAAACCAGGGGGGGAAUAAUCAACAUGUGAACUCAAAAAUCCGUGCUAUGCUUUGGCUGUGGUUAAAUGUGACAGAAUUGUGCAGCAGUGUUACUUGAAAGGACUUCCAUCCUCCUGCAGUGGGAAACUGCUCGUGGGAUGUCAAACUGCGCCUCACUCAACCAGGCUGAACCUGGGGCACUGCUGACACAGCCUCUGACAGGGCAGAAAUAACAUUGCAACACCGAAACAGCUGUCCUGGCACAACUUCAGUGCCUGUGUGGGGAGGGAGAGAUGGCUGGAGAACCUCUUGAGCUGUGGGGGUUCCAAUCCCUUUCCCCAAAAAUACAUGUGGAGCUUUAUAUUAGUUUACUGAAACAGUUCAAAGUCUGCCGCGCUCAGAUUUUGAGAAGCUGGUCCCUGUGGGCUGAAGCCUGAGGUUUAAAAGCUUUUGGUUUUAUUUCUGAAGAUAUUUAAGUGUGUUUUGGGUUUUACUUGUUGGGGCUGCUAUUUAUUUAUUUAUUUGAAUCGUUUUUGCACUGCAGUGACUCGGGGUAAUGACAGACUACAUUUCAGUCCCUCCAUGCUACAAAUUGGUUAGACAAAAAGAUAAAGAUUCGGUUUCCUUUGUUUAAAAAAACCCCAAAGGUCCCCCAAAUAGUGAAUAAACUGUGUGUUUCGUUAGUAUCAGGUGUCUAUAUCCAUUAAUCUGGAAAUGGGCAAGACUGCCAAAAUUUUGGAUGUAAAAAUGUGAGUGACCAGUAGGUACAGCCAAAUUUAAAUGUGACUUCAGGGUUGGUUUGUUGGUUUUUUUUUUUAAUGCUGAUUAUUGUGAAUUUUAUCCAUUCACCAUCCUGUGUUGAAUAAAAAUAGAUUUUAUUCUAAA